AUGUCUUUUGCAAACUCAAACGUUGCCACUGACAGCCUCCCCAACUCGGUGGAAGACAAACAGUACGACGCUGUUGUGGUUGGCGCAGGAGUGGCCGGGCCCGCCAUCGCCACUGCCUUUGCCCGUGCCGGGCGUCAGGUGCUUCUUAUCGAACGGUCCUGGUCCCGUCCCGAUAGAAUUGUGGGUGAAUUGAUGCAACCAGCAGGUGUGAAAGCGCUCUGCGAGCUCGGGUUGGCCCAGGCCGUCGCCAACAUUGAGGCCAUGACGUGCGAGGGUUACUACAUUAAAUACCACGACCGAGUGGUACAACUAUCGUAUCUAGACAAAGCUGAGGCUGCGACAGGUAAUCCCAUCAAACCGGUGCCAGACUGUGUUUUUGAUGACAACGACAAGCUCAUCACCGACUCGACACUCAGCAGCAAGGACUGGUACGACCAUCCAACGGUCCAAGGUCUUGCGUUCCACAACGGUGACUUUUUGAUGAACUUGCGUGCAAUCGCCCGCGCCGAACCCAACGUAACGUGUUUGGAGGCUACUGUCACCGGCGUGGUACGCGACGACAACGACGUGGUGGUGGGUGUGCGGGUCAAGGCGGAAGACGUCCCAGCUGUCUACCGGGCCAAGCUCGUGGUGGCGUGUGACGGGAUCUACUCGAAGCUUCGUCGCGAGCUCCCGGCUCCCGCCCCAUCGGUGGAACUGUACUUUGUGGGGCUUGAUUUACAUGACUGUGACUUCCCGGCACCAGGCCACGGCCAUGUGAUUUUGGGUGACCAUGCGCCGGUGUUGGCGUACCAGACCACCCCAACCACCGCCCGAAUGUUGUGUGCGUGGCGGCUGACGAAGCCUCCGUCGUCAUCCGGCGGUGAGUUUGCCAACUACCUCAACCAGCAGGUUCGGUCUGAGCUCCCGAAAGAAAUCCAGCCGUCGUUUGACGCGGCGGUGGCCCUGAAAAGGUUCCGGCCCAUGCCCAACCAGUAUCUUCCAGCAGUGAAACAGAGCCGCCAGCGCGGAUUUGUGGCAGUGGGCGACUCGUUGAAUAUGCGGCACCCGUUGACGGGCGGAGGGAUGACAGUGGCGUUGAACGACGUGGUGAUUUUGGCGAAACUUUUGCACCCAAGCCAGGUGGCAGAUCUUGGCGACCACGAGGCGGUGUUACGCCAGAUGGCGGUAUUCCACCGGCGGAGAAAGCCGUUGGACGCCGUCAUCAAUACGCUUUCGAUGGCUUUGUACGCAUUGUUUGCAGCUGAUUCCCCAUCACUUCGCAUUUUGCAAAGAGGGUGUUUCCGUUAUUUUGAACUCGGCGGUGCUUGCGUAUCGGGGCCCAUCGGGUUACUUAGUGGGAUGUUGCCGUUCCCCAUGAUGUUGUUCAACCAUUUUUUCCUGGUGGCCUUUUAUGCCAUUUGGUGGAACUUUACAGACAAUGGACUUUUGUAUGCUCCGGUGUCUGUGUACCAGCUGGUGGUGGUAUUAGUGGUAGCCGUCCGAGUGUUUGUGCCUAUUUUGUGGGCGGAGCUCGCGAGGUGA